AUGUCUGUGUCAGGGGCCAUGAAGUGGUUAUUCACAGCAGAAUCUGGUGCUUCCUCGAAUCCUAUGGUUUUAGCUGUGUAUAAACAUUUAACUACUUAUCGGGUAGUGAACAGACUGAAUGACCGUUUAGUUUGUGCUCAGAUGCUGGCAUAUGGUGGUGGUGUUGAAGUUUCUCAUUUGGCUCCACCAGGUGCUAAUUUUGAAAAAGAUACUGAGUGCACCCCACACCCAGCAAUGACCAGUAGCUUGGCAGCAUUGCAAGGAGAAGCAGAUGGUCAGAGUUUUGUCGUAGGCUGCAAUACUUCUAACAGGGUCACUGUAGCACAGCUGUCCUCUGAGGAGUUAAAGAACACGCAUGAAGCCAAAACCCAGACUAAAAGUGAUGGCGUUGCAAGAACAGGGGCUGCAUCCUCAUGGGAUGGGGCAGCUUGGCCAACAGACACUUCAGAGAAUGGAGCAGAACCUGAAGAUGAGAUCAGUGAAGCAGACUUCCCUGGGGAAUUACCAGAAAGAUUAACAUCCUCUCAAAAAAGCAGCAAUGCACGAAGCACGGAUGCGUUCCUCACCAGCAAGUUCAUCAGUAAAUCAGGGCCCUUACAGGAAAGAGGGAGGCAAAAGUCAGACAUUCUGGAGGAGCUGAAGAUGCAAGGAAUAAUCAAGAGCCAAAGUACAACUGCCAAGACUAGAGAAGUCCUUGAAAACAAGACAAAUGCCCUGAAAAAGACACUGAAGAAGCCACCAACUAAGCUGGAAAAAAAAAAUCAGUUAAAAAAAAAAGUGGGUGAUUUUACAGUGAAGGACAUGAAGACUUCUGCUGAAGAGAAAAAACAGAAUAGGGAAGAGGAACUGAACAAACGGCCACAACACACAGCAUUUUUUCCAGCAACUACCCAUCAAACUACAGGUAAACAGACUGAAAAAGACUACCCAAGUUUUGAAAAUCAAGAAGCAAGAGAGAGCUCACCUUCACCUUUAGAUGGGGAGCCAGGUGUGGCUCCAAAGAAGGCAGUAGCUGCAGUGGAAACCACAAACAGUUAUGGUGAGGACUUGGCCAUUGAGUCUGACAUAACUUACAACUGACUCAGUAAAACAACCUGGAUCUGA